UUGAAUUUGCCAGAAAAAAAAAAAUACAUAUAAAUACAUAUUCAUACGUGCUACGUACGCAUGAUUAAUAUCAUUCGUUAUUUAUCUUCUUCAUGUCAGCAGAACCAGUUCAACUUUAUGUCUAUGAUCUUUCACAGGGCAUGGCUCGUUCUAUGUCUUUGCAACUUACCGGAAAACAAAUAGAUGGUAUUUGGCAUACUUCUGUUGUUGUUUAUGGACAGGAAUUUUAUUUUGGUCAAGGCAUCAUGACAUCAAUUCCAGGAACAACGCAACAUGGUCGUCCUUUGGAAAUUAUUGAUAUAGGUGAAACCUAUUUACCUUUAGAAAUGGUCAUUGAUUAUAUCUACAGUCUUCGAUCUGUUUAUACUGCUGAAAAAUAUCACUUGUUAGACUUUAAUUGUAAUACUUUUUCUAAUGAUCUAUGUCAGUUUUUAUGUGGUAAAACAAUUCCUAUGCACAUUACAAGUUUACCAUCUGAAUUUGUGAACACACCUUUCGGACAAUCUAUUUUACCCAUGAUUGAAAACAUGUUUGGACAAACAAAAUUAAAACCAUCAGAAGCAGCAGCAACAACAACAACGUCAUCAUCAUCAUUACAUCCGCCUUCAACUGAUGCUGCUUCUUUACUUCAAGGCAUUUCUUCCGCUGCUACCUCAGCAGCACCAACUACAGUUAAUCCAGUUCAAUUAGCACGCUCCGCCUCUGAAGUAGACGGAUUUAUCUCGAGCUAUAAAGCCGUCAUUGUCUUCUUUACUUCAGCUACUUGUCCUCCGUGUCGUAUCAUUAAACCUGACUUUGAGAGAUUGAUCGUGGAUAAAAAUAAUAGUGGACCUAGUCAACAAAUCAAGAUAUUAGGUGUCAUUUUGGAUCUUUCCAUGUCAUCACCUGACGUUAUGAAAUAUGGUGUACGUGCUACACCGACUUUCCAUCUUUAUCUUAACGGGACAAAGUAUUCUGAAUUCCAAGGAGCAAAUUAUGCAGAAUUAAAGAGUCAAGUUGAUAUUUUAUUAUUUGAAGCUUAUCCACCUCAUCCGCAUAGAAAGAUAUUGCUUAAGACUAUCACUCAUCAAUCUAACGCUCCUAUUUUAUUUCCAACUAUGGAAAAAUUAGAUAUAGUGUAUGCAAAAUUAAAUGAAUUUUUAGAAAAAAGACAUAUUGUUUUGGAACCAAGGCAGAAAGAUAUUUUAGAUGAGUCAAAGAAAUAUUUGGAAGCAAAUGGAUCAAUAGAGUUUAAUGUAAAUGAAUGGAAGUUACUUGUUGAUGACUUGUUAAGCAAGUUAUCUAUUGAAGAGUAUUUCCCAUUAUUGGAUAUUUAUCGUACUUUGCUUGUUUCAACAUCUAACUUCUAUGUCAAAGAUCCUUCUCAAAUAGCAAAGAUAAUGGAAAUUGCUUAUACUCAUGAAUCUACCCUUAAUAGUGCAACUUGGCUUAUGAUUUUACGAAUUGCAUGCAAUAUAUUCUCUAAUGAUUCUUUAUCCACUACUCAUUUUACAUCUAGCUUGCACAGUUCACAUCGUACGCAACUUACACAACUCUUGAUUACCAGCUUAUUAUCCUCAGAUGCUAAAGUUCGACGAUCAGCUGCCUCUUUAGCUUAUAACUGUUCAACAGUGAUAGCCAUAGAACGAUUAAAGAAAGAAGAAGGAACAUUCACAGGUAUGGCAGAGCAAGAAGAUGAUGAUUGGCAGGUUGAAUUAUCAAGUGCUAUUAUGGAUGCAUUUACAAAAGAAACAAACGAAGAAAAAUGUGUUUUAUCUAAUUUUCCUUUCUUUUUCUCCAGUUCAUCGUCUUCUGGCUGCUAUUGGGAAAUUCUUAUUUUUGGCACCCCAAAACACAUCUUCUGUAGCCGAUCUUUUAUCAGCUUUAGAUAUUCAAAAUAGUAUCGAAGAAAAGAAGAAAUCUAAAGUAAUCAGCUCGACACAAGUUAUAGGAUUAGCAAGAGACAUUUGUGAACUA